CGGCAGUGCACACUAUCCCGUAUCGGGUAAUCUGUCGUCACCCCCCGGCCCCAGGCCACCGCCAAGAGUAUAGAGUAGUUUCCUGGCACUGCUGGGUUCCUUCAACAUUUACAUCUUUGACACCCACCGACCACCUUGAUAACCUCGACACCGUCACUCUCUCAUACACCUUGAAGCGCCACGAGCUGCAUCAAACCCAAAGCGAGUCACGCACCGUUACCACAUCAAUCCCCACCUUCCUGGCUCCCAGCAAACCUCCCAACUCCAACAAUGCCGUGAACCGAAAGAUCUCCAUCAUCCCACUACGCCAUCCUUUCGCCCACAAACCGACAACCUCUGACCACUAUCUACAACCUCCCACACCUCCAACCGCACCUCAAAAUGCCCUCACCAAUAGCGGCAACCCCAACCGCACCCUCACCCACCAACCCCCAACCCAACCCCUCCACCACCGACCACGACGCGCCAACCCAAACCCAAACCCAAACCCCCCAACCCCGCCGCAAAAGAUUCCGCUUCAAAUCGCCAUCCCGCCCAAGACUCAAAUCCAAGUCCAACCCCAAAUCCGCCCACGACAAAGCAACCCGCCACACCGCGCACCGCGCCCGCCGCGCCCACCGCACCCGGCACCCUGACCCUGACCCUCACCAGCCCGACCACCCCCAACAAACCCCCGACCCAGCACCAACACCAACACCAACACCAGCCCUCGACCCCGACACCGCCUUCCGGGAAUCCCUCUUCGACGCCCUCGGCGACGACGAAGGCGCCACCUACUGGGAAUCCGUCUACGGCCAACCGAUCCACACCUACGCCAUCCCGCGCAUCCCCACGGGCCCCGCGGGGGAACUCGAGCAGAUGGACGAGGAGGAGUACGCGGCCUACGUGCGGAGCAAGAUGUGGGAGCGGACGCGGGAGGGGAUGCUCGAGGAGCAGGCGCGGUUGCGGGCGGAGCGGGCGCGGCAGCGGACGCGCCAGCAGGAACAGCAACGGCAACGGCAGGCGGGGGAGAGCAGCAGCAGCAGCAGCAGCAGCAGACGCGCGUUCGACGAGGCCAUCGAGGCGAGUCUGCGGCGGGGGAGGGAGCGGAAGCGGCAGCGGGCGUGGAGGGAGGGGUGGGAGGGGUAUUUGGGGUGUUGGGGGAGGUUGGAUGCGGCUGUUGCGGAUAUUCAAAAGAGGAAGGAGGGCGAGGGGGACGAAGGGGAGAAAGGGGAGAAAGGGGCCGAUGGCCAUGGCCAUGGCAAUGGCAAUGGCAGCUUCCGCAAUCUCGUGUUCUGGCCCGUGGAAUCGGGGAAGCGGACGGAUGUGAGUAAGGAGAAUGUGGAGGGGUUCAUGCGGCAUUGCCCCCAGGCGGAUGGGUCAUCGGAGUUGUUGGCGGUGCUGAAGGCGGAGCGCGUGCGCUGGCAUCCGGAUAAGAUCCAGCAGCGGUAUGGAGGGCUUGGGAUCGAGGAGGCCGUGCUGCGCUCGGUGACGGAGGUGUUUCAGAUUAUCGAUCACUUGUGGAAUGAUCUUAGGGCUACCGGCAGAGUCUCUGCCUGAGCCUCCUCAUGGACGAUGGAUCUCGGGACUCGAGUCGGACUUAGACUAGUUGGCAUAUAUGCAUCCCUGGCGUGUGGAUGUUUUAGCGAUGAUUUAUGAUACCCUCGACCUUAUGAUAGACAAUUUUGGUCA